UUUACGCGCAGUGAGUCCCUCCACACAGCACAGCCCAGAGGCGGCAGCAGAGAAGCACCGAUAUAUCACACACAAGAGAGAGAACGCAUCUGUUCUGUCCGUGUAGCCUACAGCAGGUGACUUGGCUGAGCAUUCGGAGAUAGACACAAGAGACUUUGAGCUGAUCCUGAGCCAAACCAGUCACAGUGUCUCCAGCAGACCGAGGGAGUGGGCUCAGCCAAUCAAAGUGAUUAGCAGACUCGGACAGCCAAUCACGGCGACUCUAGCAACAUGACGACCAACCAGCUGUGGCCAACUGAGAAGGGUAUAGAAAGACUAUAACUGCCUGUCUACCCCACCACCCUGUACCCCUCUACACUGCCUUGAACUCGAGCCCCCCAUCAACUCCCAGUCUCUACCCCCUCAGUUCAGUAAGCACCCUCUAACAGCCUCCAAAGCCCUUCUUCCACCAUGACCAAUAACAGCAGCUCCCCUGGCAUCUGGGAGACCACUGAUUGGUCCGAGUCAGGCCAGUGCCCGCCCUCGGUGUGCGGGGCCACAUUCCUUAUUGUGGCCUACAGCACGGUGAUCGCGGUGGGGUUACUAGGCAACAUGGGCCUGGUGUUCAUCAUUGGGCGGCAGAAGGAGUUGCGUAACGUCACCAACAUUCUGAUCGCCAACCUGUCCUGCUCGGACAUCCUGAUGUGUGUGGUGUGUCUGCCAGUCACUGUCAUCUACACUCUGAUGGACCGCUGGGUAUUGGGGGAGGCACUCUGCAAGGUCACUCCGUUUGUACAGUGUGUGUCAGUGACGGUGUCUAUAUUCUCCCUGGUGUUGAUUGCGUUGGAGCGCCAUCAGUUGAUCCUGCACCCUACUGGCUGGUCCCCAGCAGCAGGCCACUCCUAUCUGGCCGUAGGUCUCACCUGGUUGGUCGCCUGCUUAAUAUCCCUCCCCUUCCUAUCCUACAACAUUCUGACUGACGAUCCCUUCCAGAACCUCACACUGCCCGCCAACCCCUUCAGAGACCAUGUGAUCUGUAUGGAGAAAUGGCCGACAGAUAGACACCGUCUGGCCUACACCACCUUCCUGCUGCUGUUCCAGUACUGCGUCCCCCUGCUAUUGGUGCUGCUCUGCUACCUCCGCAUUUUCCUACGCCUACGUCGACGCAGGGACAUGGUGGAGCGGAUCCGGAAUGCCCGAGGAGCCCAGAGGAUCAAUGCUAUGCUGGCGGCCAUCGUAGCUGCCUUCGCCCUCUGCUGGCUGCCGCUCAACGUGUUCAACACGAUAUUCGACUGGCACCACCAGGUGCUGCCUGCCUGCCAGCACGAUGCUUUGUUCUCUGCCUGCCACCUCACUGCAAUGGCCUCCACCUGUGUCAACCCUGUGGUGUAUGGCUUCCUGAACAGUAACUUUCAAAAGGAGUUGAAGGUUCAGCUGCAGCGCUGCCACUGUGGCUUGGGGGCGCCAGAGAGCUAUGAGAAUUUCCCACUCUCUACCGUCGGCAGCGAGGGGAUAACCAAGAUGUCAACGCUGAACCGGGCAGGGUCAAUCAGCACCGCGCUGCCUCCACGGGCCGAGCCCAGUGUUAGCAUGCGCAGCUAAUGUCUAGCCAACAGAGUGGCUAAUGCUAAUGGAUGAGUAGUGUAGCGUCUACAGCUGUCAGACAGGGUGUAAACAACAAGGAUACAGUUCAUAUCAAGUAAGCAGCAAACAGACAAACCCUCAAAUGAACAGAGCUGGCAUAGAGCAGCAAAGGCUAAUGGACAGAGCUAGCAUAGAGCAGCUAACGCUAAUGGACAGAGCUAGCGGCUGAUGCUAAAGAGAGACAGAGUGGAAAUAAGCUGGACAGACAGGACAGACAGAUCUAGUUGGCCACAGUUUCCAUGAGGUUCAGUCAAUUUCUGAAUUCCUAUAAAGCAUUGCAGGCCGAGCAGACUAUACAGGACUGAUGAAUGCACUUAGCUAAAAUAAAAAUGAACGAACAGAUCCAUACAGCUAAUCAACGGAGCAGCUCGUGGACAGAGAGCACACUUGCAGCUACGCUAGGUAGCAUACAGCUGGAGAGACUGCGACAGAGUGACAGACCCAGGGACGUGUGGGCUCUGUUUCCAUGGUGACGGGGUAUUUCUGAACUAAGUCAGUUUGUUCCCAGAAGAAUUGUCGUCACCAGAGUUUGACAUCAUCCUGGGGUGUUAAGCUGCUGUCACGCCAGUCAGAUGGAUGGACAGACGGUCAGUCAGUCAGUCAGACAAUUCCGAACUCAGGGCUGCCUUGAGCUGAUAUGGCAGCUGUCUGUCUAACAUCAGAAUAACCCUGUUGACACUGACAGCCCUCCCUCUCAGUCGCUGUCUCCCUGUGAGCUGUUCAGUAAUCAGAGAGAUCAGUCUGAGACAUGCUGAUGAAAGAGACGGAGAGAGGGGAGGAGAGAGAGAGAGUCCCUGAUGUUGCUUACGCAUUGCAGACAGAUCAUACAUACACACAGCUGGCUGACCGGACUGGCUGUCUGGUCUACUGACUGUCUGGCUGGUCUACUGUCUGGCUGUCUGGUCUACUGACUGUCUGGCUGGUCUACUGUCUGGCUGUCUGGUCUACUGACUGUCUGGCUGGUCUACUGUCUAUCUGUCUGGGUGGCCGACUGGCUGAUUGGCUGGCUGGCCUACUGUAGAUCUUCAUCAAUAAUUUAUGAUUAUACAGAACAGUGGAAAUGGAUGUAAAAAAAUAUAUAUCAUGAUUUUUAUAUUUUUGUCUAAAAGUAAAACAAAAUUCCACUUCU